CAACUCAACUCAGUCGAGUCGCAUGGAUCAAAGGUCGUUGAGUGCCUUGGUUACAAUUUACACAAAAGCCGCCUUGCCAACAGGUGCGUUCAGCUUCAACAGGUGUUUUCAUUAAUUAACACGGGAUAUACAGAUCAUGAGAUGGCGGAUUAAAAGUUGGUGUUUGCUCAGGAAGAGAUUAGCUGAGAAUCUUACUUGAGUAUAAAGGCGAUCGCUUCUGGGUUUUCGAUUUAAUUUAGUGGAGAAAUUAAAGUUUACCAGGAUGAGUGGCCACGUCUUUCCGCCGGCGCCGAUGACGCGGCAACAGGAGAAGGCUGAGUUGCAACAUCUGAACGAUCGAGUUCAGAACUACAUCGCGAAGGUCCGCAAAAUGCGGGAAGAGGCUAAUAAUAUUGACUCCUCAGCACUCCUCAAUGCAAUGCGUGUCUUGGAGGAUGAAGUCGCAGCUAUCAAGAGCAUGUACGAGAAGGAACUGGCCAACGAACGACGGAAGGUUGAAGACGAGAUGGCUGGACGAAAUCAGGCCGAAGUGCAGGCUCAUCGCAACAAGCAGCUGGCCACUGAUCUUCAGGACAGAUUGUCCGUCGAGAACCAGCGCGGCCGGGCCCUAGCCGACGAAAUUGCCGCUCUGCAGAGACUCUGCAGUCAGAAGGACGGUGACCUCCAACAGGCAAGGGCCAAAGGUGAAGACUUGACCCGGAAGCUAAGAGACAUCGAAGACGAUCACGCCGCAUUGCAACACCACUCCGCAGACACGCAAAGGAGGCUGGACCAGGAGACAGCACUUAGACUUGAAGCGCAGGAUGUGCAACAGUCACUCAGGAACAAGAUAGACUUCCAAGACCAACUGCAUGCCCAGGAACUGAGCGAAGGCAGGAAUCGACUGGACGAGAAAGCCAACCACAUUUUGCAACUGGAGGCCAAGAUUCGUGAACUCAGCAAGCCUGACAACACGCUGCACGAGGCCUUGCAGAAGGUCCGCGACGCAGCGGCGGCUGAACUUCUCAAAUAUAAAGAGGAGUCAGAGGCCACGUACCGGAAAAAUUUACAAGAGCUACAGGAUCAGAUGAGUCGAGACGCAGACAACAUUGACAAGCUGUCAGCAAGCAACAAGCACCUAGCCGCUCAAAUUGAAGAUCUCAAAAACCAAAUACACUCUCUUCAAACCAAGUUCGUGUCCACGGAGCAGCAGAACCGCAACCUGACGGACCAACUGAGCCAGGAACGGGAGGGUGCAGCAGCGCACAUCCGGGCCCUGGAAGGUAAACUCUGCAACAUGCAAGACAGCCUGGUGCAGAAGAUGCGGGAAAUCACCUUGGCAACAGAUGCUAAGCAACCGGUCCGGGCCGAGAUCGAGGCGCUGAGGGCUCUAGUCGAAGAUGAGGAGAGAAAGCUUAUGAACAUCACUGGUGACCCUAUACGCCGCCCGGUAUCCUUGCCUGCCGCCCUGCGUUCCAACACACCGGUGACCGCCUCACGUAGCCCGACCCUCCCCAGAUCAACUUCGCCGAUCAAGGGAUACGACAACAUGACUGGAAUGUCGUCGAGCGUCACGCAGCUCAGCCCAAGAGCUAUCAAGCGGCCCGCCUCUGUGCCAGUCUCCCCCAUGGGGCAAGGCAAGGACUACUUUGACUCCAUGUUUGGUGACCUUCAGAAGAGCACCAAGGUCUACCCCCGGCUCCACCCUAAGUCCAGCCCGCCGGUCAGACUGGCGUCCACCACGCACGACUACACGACGGCCACAUCAAGCACCACGGGCUCAAUCAAGAUCUUAGAAGUCAACGAAGACGGUCGUUUUGUCCGUCUCUUCAACACGUCUCCGAGAGACGAUCUGGAGAUCGGUGGCUUUAUGAUCCAGCAGAAUAUCGGUGGUCACCCGGUGGCAGUAUACCGCUUCCCACCAAGAACUCGCUUCAGAGCUGGCUCAACCAUAACAGUUUGGUCUGCCUCCAGCCUUGCCCAGCACAACCCGCCGACGGAUCUCCUGUGGAAGGAGCAGAACAAGUGGGGCACGGGACCCGAAUGCACCUCCAUCCUCUGCAAACCCAACGGCCAGGCAAUUGCAUGGACCACGGCAGCCCAUCGCUUCACCAAGACGGCCAAGAGUUACGACACGGCCAGUGAGAGCUCAGGCAGCCGAUUGGACGAUACACAGGAUGAGGAUUGGGGGGAGUCGCAGCCCCACCCUGAGAUAGAGGUUGAAAUGAACGGACGACCAGUGACUGCAUUGAAGAGGGAAAAGGAAGAGUUCCCGUCAUUGUCGGCCGCCAAGCACCCCAGCGGCCAGUACCCCGGGUCACCGACACACCCGAGUACCGGUCAACCUCGGGUCAAGACUUUAGGCAAUGAUAAUAGCAGCCUGUGUCGACAGACGCGCUCGCAGAACUCCAAGCCAGUUCCUGACGUAGUCGGAGGUGUAUUGUAUGCAGGCUCUGGAGUAGGAGCAACUCGCACAGGGGCAGCCCAGCUGAGAAAGCCCAUGAGAACUAGCCCAACCAAGGGGAUGACCAGUGGCUCCAUUCGUUACAGUGCUCAGCCCAGUCCUUUCAUGUCACCCCACCAAGAGCACUACGCCAACCUGAACUCCAUCACCGCCAGCCAGCGAGUCAGCUUCCAACCGCCCAUGCCACGCCCACCGGUGAUCUCAUCGUGGUAAUGUGGUCAUGAAUAUAUGCAAGAUGUAACCUGGGCCACGCCCACCUGUCAUCUCAUCAUGAAUAUGCAGGAUGUAACCUUGGCCACGCCCAUUUGUGUUUUCAUCAAGGUAUAAAUUGAAAAUGAAUGUAUGUGAUCCAAUCUUGGUCACACCCACUGUUUAUUUCAUCAAUAUGACGAAAGUACAGGAUUCAACCUAAGGCACGCCCACCUGUCAUCUCAUCAGGGUAAUGAGAUCAUGAAUAUGCAGGAUGUAACCUUGGCCACGCCCAUUUGUGUUUCAUCAAGGUAUAAAUUGAAAAUGAAUGUACGUGAUCCAGUCUUGGCCACGCCCACUUUUGAAUUCAUCAAGGUGACGAAACUGCAAGAUCCAACCUAGGGCACGCCCACCUGUGAUCCAAUCAGGGUAAUGCAAUCAUGAAUAGCAGGAUGUAACAUCGGCGAGACCCAUUUGUUAUUUCAUCAAGGUAAUGGAAAAUAAAUAUAUGUGAUUCAAUCUUGGCCAUGCCCACUUGAUUAUUGUAUUUUAUGUAAGUAUUUUAUGUAAGGGAUAUUAAAUCCGAAUUUCAGCCCAGGAAAUUAAUUUUUGUUAAAAUAGGGGUAUUUUGAAAAUACGCUUUCAAACUCGAAAACUUUAGUACACGAGAACAAAGAAAUGACUCCACCAGGAUACAAAUUCCAGUAUGCGUGAUCCAAUCUUGGCCACGCCCGUUUUUGCUUUCAUCGAGGUAAUUGAUAAUGAAUGUGCGAGAUCCAGAAGGAUCAGGGUCAUCAGGGUCUUACAAAAAGAAUAUGGAAGAUGCAACCUAGGCCACGCCCACCGGUGUUUUCAUCAAAGUAAUGCAAUGAAUUAUGCAAGCUGUAACCUGGGCAAUGCCCCCAUAUACUUCCCUCAUGGCAAGAUAUUAUUUAUGAAUAUAGGUUUGACCUAUCAUUGUUCUUUUUAUCAUGGUAAUUUGCUAACAAAUAUGCAUAGUUUGUAACCCAUGCCACACCCACUUUUGGUUGCACAAUGGAAACAUAAAAAUUACAUGACUAUGCAAGAAUUGUAAUGAUUAGUUGCCGUACUGUUUAUAUCAAUCCAUCAUUGCUUCAAAACCAUUUAACUUUUUUCCCCAUUUUAGUUUCUGUGAACCUUAAGGCACAAAUACGGCAAAAAGCUCCCUCUACGGUGAUUAGCUGACCUUUGAAGUGUACUUUUAUCCACUCACAAUGUUGUCCACAGCUCGUCCAUUUUGUUUAUGUAUCUCUCAUAUUAGGCCAAGGGAAAAAAAUAAGCCAGUUUCUCGUCUCCACCCGCUUCCUUUUUGGUUUUUUAAUUCAUACAUUUGCAAUAUAUUUUGUAAAUUUUGCCAAUAUAGGCCUGUCUUUUUAAGUGUUUCCAACACAAUUGUAGCGAUGUAGAAAGGAUGAUGGCCUGUAGACACCAUUUUGUAUCAGCAAAAGAUUCGAGAAAAUGGAAGAAUCUAUCCGCCACCUUGGGGAAAAAAAGUGGGGCUGCUUCCUUCAUUUUUUUCAAAAAGUCCGGACGAGAAACCAUUUUUUUUAAUACUCGGCUUAUUGCUUGAAGUAUCUGUAUGAAUAGACAGGCACAGACCAGAUGAAAUAUGGUCAUUCCCAGCCAAACCAAAAACAAAUACAGACAUUCCUCACGGAUCCUGUCUUCAUUUUCUUGUAGAUGACGUUGAAUAUUUUGGAGUGCGUCAUCGCUCAUUUUUUUCGCUUGAUGAAGUUUCAGCUGCCCCUUACCUUAAUGAUCAAGUGUGUAUUGCUUGGAUGCAGAACUCAUUGCUGUUGUUUCAUAAGGAAAGAAACUGAGUGGACAUUUUCCCAUACGUUUCUAAUGAACUAAAGGCACAUAGGAUCAUUUACUUUUCAUGUUGUUUUUUUCGUUUCCAAUAAUAACACCACUCAAAAUCCAAAGAAGAAUGUUCAAGAUCUAACCUGUUGAAGUUUCAGCUCACUCUAUAUCAGUUUUCGAGAAAACAGUGAAACACCAUGCACAACCUUUUUGAUCACGUACGAAACAUGAUUUCGUCUGUGGCACUCUAUAUUUACACAAAUUAGUCAAUUGACCGAUCGUAGUUAGAAAUCACCUACAUUUCUUGAUUUCUUCUAAAUGACAGCAAACCAGACCGAAUAAUUUCACUCGGUGGUUAGUACCAGUACGAUCUUUAAUCAAAGUAAAGGUUUUGAUAAUAAUUCGGUGGAUUACUUUUUGUAUAAAUGCAAAUGAUCCUAUUUGCCUCAAGUUUUAGUUUUGACUAUAUGUGUCUUUUACAUGUUCAUUUACAUGUAGGCCUAAUUUUAAUAAUAGAAAUGACACAUGGUGCUAUAAUGUUUGCGCACAAGGGAGCAAACUUUGAUAACAUUUUCUUAUCCUCAAAAUCGUUUUUCCUGAAACCAAACUCGAAAGUAGAUGUGAUAUAUACUUGUGAUUCAUUCGCUGAGUUCGGGAAACGGGCGUUACUUUUGUUGAUAUUACCGUCAUUUUUAGUUGCAAUUCGGAACGAUGUUUUUUGUUUCGUUUUGCGUUGUCGAUCGUUCGCAUAAUGUUGGUGUUCAUGAUUAGUCGAAUGUCCCCUGCGCAUGCGCCACACCGGGCUGGACGAUUGUUCGAGAAAUAAGGUCAUGUUCAAGUAGUUCCACGAAGAUUUUGUCUGAUCUGCUCUGUAUAGCCUAAUACUUCUCUAUUUUAGUGAUUUCAACAGCCCUUGAAAUUCCAAACAAUGUUUGGACUGGCUGGCGCGAAGUCCAGUCGUUUCAUGCGCGCCAGAAUAUGUUGCCAUGGUAACUGGCAGCCAUGUUAACUAGAAUGGGCAAAUCUUGUAUAGCAUGAUUAGCAACGAUGGGGAAUUGAUAACAGUGUUUGCGUUCAAAAGCCAUUGGAACAUUCGCGAAGGCAAACAAACACUUGAAGUCCGUGUUUAAAAAAAAAAAAAAUAGGGAAAUAUUUGGGCACACUAUAUUAUUGUGGAUCGAGUUUUUAAAACUCACCAGUAACAUUUUCAGUGCGCAUCGCGCGUGUGGCUAAUUAUUUCUUGAGUCGGAAUAUAAAAAUAUUUGGGAGAAUCGCGUGUUUUAUUAGUUAGAUUAAAUGAAAUGUUUCCGAGAAAAACCGCAAUGACUCAAAAUCUGUUUCACAGUCAUCAAAAAUGGGUUGAGAUGUAUUCUACACAGUGAAUAUUCUUGUCGACAUGACUCGUUUUCUACAUAAACGAACGGCAUUGUGAAACGACGAUGGGCGAUUUUAAUAAUAGCGAAAUGUGCCUUUGUUUUGCUACGAAUGAAAAAAAAACUCGUAACAGUUUGAGUAUCGUCCGUACUCGCACACUGCUUACAUCAAUAUUGCUCCAUAGAAGAAAAUAAUCAUCAGUUAUAUGGAAAACAAGCUUUCUGACUCAUUUUUAUCCCAUGGCAGUUGCCAGCAAUUUUUUUUUUUGGUUGUUUUAUUUUCCUAGAAUUAUUUCCUAUUUUGGAAGAAUUAUGUGUACCUUAAUCAGGAACUCCCACUGCAUAAUUCUGUAGCGUUUUCCAAGUAAUGCCAAAUGAAUUGCUUCUGAUAACUUCAGUAUUUCUUUCUUCAGACCAUAAUCGUUCAAAAGGCCUUGCUGAAACAAAGUCUCCUUAGGCCAAAAAAAAAGUCUUUGGUUUCUGGUAUUGAACUUGCCCCAAAAUUGGUGCGGCGACGCGGCUUUUUUUUUUUUUUUUUUCCUUUUUUUUCUUCAAAUGUCGGC